UUCACUUUAUUUUUGCGAAUGUCGAAAUCUCUCUCUCCCUCUCUAAUGCCACCGAUCUCUGCCAUUUGAUAAAAAUUUCCUCGAAAAAUCCAAUUUUUUAAAUAAAUCCGAUAAAAAGAUUCCGACCCGGUGACCCGAAAUGGCGGCAUAUAGAGCGGAUGACGACUAUGAUUAUUUGUUCAAGGUGGUGCUGAUCGGGGAUUCGGGUGUGGGGAAAUCGAACUUGUUGUCGAGAUUUACGAGGAACGAGUUUAGCCUUGAAUCCAAAUCCACAAUCGGAGUCGAAUUCGCCACCCGAAGCAUUCGGGUCGACGAUAAGAUCGUUAAGGCCCAGAUUUGGGACACCGCUGGACAAGAAAGAUACCGAGCAAUUACAAGUGCGUACUACCGAGGAGCUGUUGGUGCAUUGCUCGUCUAUGAUGUUACUCAACAUGUCACAUUUGAGAAUGUUGAGAGAUGGUUGAAGGAGCUACGAGAUCACACGGACUCCAAUAUUGUCAUUAUGCUUGUUGGCAACAAGGCAGACCUGCGACACUUUUAGUUAUGUCAGCAGCAUUACUUCCUUUAGUGCAGUUGUUGCUGAUUGGAGGUCAAGUGAAUGAGGCCCUAAGUGAAGUCGAAACGUUCUGUAACAAUUCAAGAGUGCCCUUUCCAUUUAGAUUAAGGGCCAGUGUUUUAGAGUGUUUUUAUUCUAAUGAUUCUGUCAUGCUCUCUACAUGUUUUGAGAAGACUUUGAAGAAGGAUCCAACAUGCUGCCACUCAUUGGCAAGGCUUGUCAGCAUGCAUCAAAAUGGUAUAUUAUCAAUUAUCUUGCCAGAUAGACCAAUUCCACCAUUGGAGAAUAUGGCACCAAACAGUCCAAUUAAAGGAAUAACUGUGAUUUUGAUAUUCUUUUCAAGGGACUUUAGUCUGGAAUCCCUUGUGGAGAUGUUUGCUUUGCUUUUGGAAGCUACCAAUCCAGAGUCCAAUACAUGGAGGGAGUUGGCUUCAUGCUUCCUCAAACUAUAUCAACAUGAAGAGGAUCGAUUGUCAGUAUGUCUCAAUGGGAAUGAAGGUGAACAAAUUCCAAAGCUCUCUGUUAACUACAAUAAGAUGCCAAAAUUUUUUACUGAGGGAAAAUCAAGAAAAGUUUGGAGGUUACGCUGCAAAUGCUGGUUAAAACGUCACUCUGCCAAGAAGAUGCUUGCAUCAGAAAUUGCUUCAGGGUUCUCGGAGCUUUUAACUUACAAAGCAGCUUGCGCAUCCCAUUUGUAUGGUCAGGAGUUCGACUACGUUGUAAAGGUUUAUUCUCAUUUAGCGGAACAAAAUGAUAGGGAACUACUAAAAUUCCUAAAAAGGCACAUUGAGAAUUCUAUCAGAUUAAAUGUGAAUAUCCAAGAGAAAUUAAAUAAGAUAUAGUUUUCAUGCAAGCAUAUCUUUCUUUCUGUUGUUCUUUAUAUCAUUAUUCAUCUUUAAUUUUAUGGAUGAGGCAAUUGAAUCUCUCA